AUGGAACAGGCUACAGAUGAUUGGCACUUUGCCGUCACGGCCGUACCUUUGAUCGCCGUAGUACUGGCCCCUCUCGCCAACCUCAUGUCCAUCACGGCGUCCGUGACGCCAUGGAUAAAUACAAUUGACUCGAACAACAUGGACGCAGAUGGAGUUCCCGUGCAGAUCGCUCUCAGCGACCCCAAGUGGUGCAUCGCCCUCAAGGCCACGGCGCUCUCAUGCGGUGUGAUCGGGAAUGUCCUGCUGCUUUGCAGAGUCGCAGGCAUGCUGCGAUACAGCAUUUCACUGCCUUUGGUGCUCUGUUCCAGUAUUGUAGCGUGGGCUAGUCUAACCAGCGCACUAAUCGCCACGCACAUCACCCACCGUCCCCUCCCAGACAACCAGCUCUACGCCCCGUCCUUCUGGGCCGCAGUCAUAGCAGCAGUGCUCUACUUCGUCCUUUCGCUCCUCGUUGCACUCCACAUCCUAGCCUGCCAUCUGGGCGCCCACCACCCGGCAACCGGGGCUCUGCCGCAAAAACAACGAGCACUAGUCCUGCAGGCGUUCGCAUUCGUCAUCUGGCUUGCGAUCGGCGGCGUGGUGUUCUCGCAGUCCAUCGAGAUUUCCUACGCCGAUGCGGUGUAUUUUUCGACAGUGACGGUGCUGACGAUCGGGCUGGGCGAUAUCACGCCCGGAUCGGCGCUGGGGAGGGGGCUGGUCUUUCCGUAUGCGGUUGUUGGGAUUGUGCUUCUUGGUCUUGUGGUUGCUAGUGUCUAUCAGCAUGUUCGCGAGGUGCAUGAUCGGGAGGUUGUCAGACGGCAGGGGAGCCAGUUACGACGGGCGGCUCUGGAACGUCUGCAGAGGACAGGGGCAGUCGCACAGUGCCAGUCCGAGCGCACACGGCAACAUCCGUUCAAAACCCGAAGUUGGGGACCGGCAAAUCACCCAGCCUCGUCUGCCUCUGGAUCAAAGACCGCGGCACAGUCCUCACUAGAGCUCCAGCUAGAUAUAGACGACGAGGCGCGCUUCAACGCCAUGCGAACAGUGCAGCAAGAAGCAGUCUCAUACCGACGCUGGACAGGCGCACUCUGGAGCAUCCUGCUCUUCCUACUGAUCUGGGUUCUCGGCGCCGUGGUGUUCUGGGCCGCGGAGAACAACAGCAACCCAAAAACCCUCACCUACUUCGAGACGUUGUACUUCGGCUUCGUCUCCCUGCUGACAAUCGGGUACGGGGACAUUGCGCCGGCCUCGAAUGCGGGUCGCCAGUUCUUUAUCGUGUGGGCUUUGCUCUCGGUCCCGACGAUGACGACCCUUAUUACGAGGAUGAGUAGUAGUGCGCCGCAUGUUUCUGUGAAAGUGAAGGCUCUUGUGGCCAGUGUAUCAGCGCGGUUCCGUCGGCGCCGCGGUGGAGCCCUAACUCCAUGGAAGGGGGUCUUUGGCUCUGCCGGAAACCGCAUCAGUGCACCACGAAUACGAUUACCGCCGGAGGAAUCGCGAGGGAAAGACGUCUGCGUUGAAGAAAACGGCGACAAUUACCCGGAAGGCUCUAAUUUCCCGUUCUCCCAACACCUAGCGACCGCAAUAUCGGAGACAAUGAGCGAUGCCCUAAACAGUCAACCGAGGCAAUACAGCUACAACGAAUGGGUGAAGUAUAGGGGGCUUAUUCGCGCGCUCAACCCCCAUAAGGAUGCAGGGGAGAUCAUUCCAAUUCUCGAGGUCCUCGCCGAGGCUGAACCCAGCACCUCCAGUCCGGACGCGGACUGGGACUGGAUCGGAGAAGACAGUCCACUGCUGGCAGACAAGACAGAGCCGCAGUGGGUUCAUGAACAACUUUGCGAAGGUCUCCUUCUGCACACACCUAGAAAUGCGGCUUUGGGAUCCAGAACAAAUGCCAGUCGGCCCCAGGGCUCAGAUAAUCCGUAA